AAAUGGAUGACCCAGAAAUUUCUCCUAAAUUGGACCCUGGAGAUUAUGAAGAUAGAUAUCCGAAGAGAAAUCGUAAAAGCAAGAUUGAAGAUUUAAGUUCACUAGAAGAUGCAGAACUACAAAAUUACAUAGCCGAGAAACCCACUAAAUUGCCUUAUGAUAUUGAUGAGAUACUUACUUCACCUGACUUUGAAUAUGAUGAUGUUGUUAAAAGUAUUCCUGUUGAAGACUUCACGAUGGAUUACAUUAAAUCGACUGGCCUUACUACACCACUUUUCUUUUAUGUUCCACCGCAAAAGCUGGGAAUGAAUAUGCCUGAUCCAAACAAUUUCACGGUGGAUGAUGUUUUAGAAAAUGUUGGCAAAGACAGAAAAAUAGAAGUUGUAGAAGUCUGCACGCAAAAUGGGCGUUUAAUGAACUUGAGUGAUUUUAUCGACUAUUACAAGACGCCUGUUCAGGAGCGUAAAGAAUUAUUUAAUGUGCUUUCACUUGAAUUUAGUUCAACACCUUUGGCAGAUCUAGUAAGUGCUCCUGCUUUUGUACCAAAAAUAGACUGGAUUGACAAUGUAUGGCCAAAGGAAUUAUUUAAACGUCAGGAGAAUCUUUUGAGUAAAAGUUCAUGGGCACGCGAACAGGAUUUUUCAACUUAUCCAAAAGUCCAAAGAUAUUGCUUAAUGAGUGUUGCUAAUUGUUUUACUGAUUACCACGUUGAUUUUGGUGGCACCUCUGUUUGGUAUCAUAUUUUAAAAGGAGAAAAGGUCUUCUGGCUGAUUGAACCAACUGAAGAAAAUUUAAAAUUGUAUGAGGAAUGGAUACUUGGUGGCAGUAACAAUUCCUGUUUUUUCGGCAAAAUUGUAAAUAAAUGUACACGACUAUUUCUUAAGCAAGGAGCUACGCUGAUAAUUCCUUCUGGUUGGAUUCAUUGCGUUUAUACACCAUGUGAUUCACUUGUAUUUGGUGGAAAUUUUCUUCAUUCAUUUUCCAUGCCAAUGCAAAUACGGGUUUCUCGUUCUGAAGAUAGGAUAAAGAUUGGAAGCAAAUACAGAUUUCCUCACUUCAAACAAAUUUUUUGGUGUUAUUUAGCCAAGGUGGUAAAAUUAGCGACUGGGCGAGUUUAUCAAAAAAUGCCGACUGUAGAAGCUUUUGUUGAUAAGGAAAUUGAUUUUGAGGUAGAGAAUGCAGAAAUUGAACAACUUCAAAAGAAUUCAGAAAUUAGUGCUGACAAUAUUUUUUAUGAUAACAUUGGAAAUUCAGAAGAUGGAACAUAUACAUUCAACCCUAUUCAACUUAAAUUUGGUGAUCAAGACCCUGAUCUAUUUAUACCUUCGGAACAUUAUGAUAUGGAAUACUUGCAUUCACUUUCACCUUUUGAAAUAAAUGGUCUUCAUUCACUUGUCAGAUUUAUGAAGCGCUUAUUAAAUUCAAAACAACCUGAAGUGAUUGAAGGAAUAACUCGACCAGCUCAUUUAAUUAUGGAACUCAAAGCUCUUUUAAACAAAAUCAAUUCAUUGGACCAAUUGAAUUUGCGCAAGGACAUUGAGCUAUUUCAGAAGAAGUCUAAAAUAUGUGGAUUUGCAGAGUGUACAAUUGACAAUAAAAAUCUAUUUCACGAACAAAUGGCUUUGGAUGUACAAGUACCUCGUAAAUCAAAAGCAGCUCGCCGAAACAUUUUGAAGUUGACAAAGAAAAAGCAAGAAUCAAAUCAACCUAUUUUAGUGGAUGGAUUACCUCUUCCUACAUUAGCGGCAGCCGAAGAAUCCUCCGGAAAUGGAUAUAAUCCUAUUGCUCAAGUGGUUAAACUUGGACAUAAACCAAUUGCUAGUGCUUGGCGACGUUCAUCCAAUAUGGUCAAAGCUUUGCCAUCAACCUCAGUUUCAAUUUUGAAAAGAAAAUCAUCUGAUUUUGAGCAACCAUCUACUACUGAAAGUGGUGAAACUUCUACUGCUGAUUCAAAUUUGCAAAUCAAGACAGAUCUCAAUGAACAACCAAUGUCUUCAGCUAUGGCUCAAUCCUCAAUGGAAUUUAAAAAUGCUUCAGAUGUAAAACCUGUUGUUCCUAAAAAAAACAAAGCUAAAUUCAAAAUUACUCGAAAAAUUAUUGAGAUGCAUGAUGAUUCACCUGAAUUUGUACAUCGUUCACCUCUUCAACGUUUUACUUCUGUUUGUCAACCAAAUAACAAAAAUUCUACGAACACUUUUGAGCAACCAGCAAGAGUCAAUAAUGCUAAUUGGAAUUCUAAUAAUGUCAAGCCUCCUACUGAACAAACUCAAAACCAACAACAAGUUUUUCAAAACCAACAAAGUUUCGCUCCGCGUAGAACUUUUAACAACCGUCAAAGAUUUGAAUCUGGAUCACGAUGGAAUGAUUCAUAUAAUAAUGAUGGACAUGAUCAAUAUAAUAACUUUGGUGUUCAUUCUUCCUUUCAAAAUUCUCCAUUUUAUCAUCAAGGAGGACGAGGUCAACAAAAUAGAUUUAGUAGGCCUUCAGAACAUCGAAGACAAACAUUUGAGCAACCAGCAAGAGCCAACUGGAACUCUAGUAAUAAUAGGAAAUAUGGUGACAAUUGGAACUCUAGUGAUAAUUGGAGAGCUGGUGAGUGGGUAGCUGGUGAGAGUUGGAAUUCUAACGAUAAUUGGAAAUCUGGUGACAAUUUUACCUCAAUGGAUCAAUCAUCUGCUGUUGAAAGAGUUGCGGAAAGAGCUACUACACCAGAGAAGAAUGAUUAUUUUGAGAAACGGAAUGAUAUACAAAUCGAGCCAAAGCAUCAGCAACAACCAGAAGAGUCACAGCCAAUAGAUACAGCAGUUAAUGAACUUCAUCAAAUUACUCAAAUAAUGAAUUUUCCAUGCGGUGCAUAUCCCUAUUCAUCUGUGGAUUGUGUUAAUAUUGCGCAUAUACCGCUUCCGCCUUCACCAAAAGCUGAGUUUUUCCAUACUCCAUUUACUGACAAUAAUAGUGUUUCAACUUCAACAAAUGUUUCAUCAGAUCCAUUUACAGAGGUUGAUCAACUUGCACAACUAGGGCAAAUGAUGCAUGAAUAUUGA